AUGGUCCAAGAUUCUUUGCUCGACUGCUUUUCCAACCACAAGAGCUGCUCACCUCUUGAAUCUACGUUAUUGCCAUCGUUUGCUAUUAAUGUUGGCCCAUUGGAUGGCUCAAGGGAGCCUCUGCUUGUAGAAAAUGACGGAACAUUAUUAGGAUCGUAUUUAUUGCUGGGGUGGUCCUCAAACACUACAGUUGGUGAGAAGCUCCAAAGAGGGGUUGAAAAAAUGUUUAGCCCUCGACAGCCACAAACUUUGAAAGAUGCUGUCAUACUCACUCGAAGGCUCGGCCAGCAAUAUCUGUGGGUGGAUGCUCUUUGCAUCUUACAGGAUGAUAACGAAGCGAAGCAAGAAGAGAUCUCAAGGAUGAGCCAAAUAUAUAAAAAUUCAGUCUUUACAAUCCAGGCUGCAUCCUCGAAUGCAGUCGCUCAAGGGUUCCUCCACACUCGAAAGGCUCCUAGUAUUCCCCCGUGUAAACUGUUGUUCAGCAGAGACACUGAAGGACACGAGACUUACGUUUAUGCGAGACUGCCCACCUAUACCAAGGUAGUUGGUGAUGCACCCACAAACAGCAGAGCGUGGAUUUUCCAGGAGUCAGUCUUAGCAUCACGUGUUCUAGUAUAUGCAAGCGACCAAGUCUAUUUUGCUUGUAGACAAAGUGUGAAGAGGGUGGAUGGAAUGUGGGGUCCAUCAUACGGAGGUCCUACGAUCAGUCCACGGCAUUACCGUAACCUCCGACCAGACCUUUUCAACCAAGGUGGUCUGUCGGCUUCAGAAAUGAGAGAAGAGACACUCGCAGCGUGGUACACAGGCAUAUCGUUAUUUUAUACAUAUCGGUCUAUUACCGACAGCCGGGAUCGAUUGCCAGCUGUCUCGGCGUUUGCAGCAGAAGCUUAUAUGGUGAUUGGUGCCCGGUAUCUCGCAGGAAUAUGGGAAGUCGAUAUGAUAAAUGGUCUUUUAUGGAGGCGACAUACAUCACCACAGGCAAAAGCCUGGCAAAGAAGACCUCUGAAUAAGCCCGAGGCCUACCGAGCGCCAUCUUGGUCUUGGGCAGCCUAUGAUGGCCCGAUCAGCUUCAGCUUACAAUGGCAGCGGGCGAUAGUAAAGGAAAACUCGGCAUACAAUGCAAAAAUCCUGCAUGCUGCAAGCACCCUUUCCGGAUCUGAUAUGUAUGGCGAGGUACUGGACGCAAGUAUUAUUAUAAAAGGAUAUCUAGGUCUCGCGGUUGCAGGGGCCAGAGAUUGUCCAAACAACACCUAUAGCUCCAUCAUGCUCAAAACCACAGAUGCGCAGCAGCCGCUAUGUCGAGCGACUUUAGACAUAGAUCAUCAACCAAUCAUGCUUAUAUGCCUUCUUCUGAACGGCCGUGCUGGAAUAUUGCUUAAGGUCGCUCCUUCAAACGAAGAAACCCCCGAUACAUAUACAAGGAUUGGGCACUUUACAUUUGUCAGUAGUUUCAAGUUAGAUGUAUUCGAAGACUGGCGUACAAAAUGCGAGGUUAGAACUGUACGCCUUAUCUAA